GUGGCUCGAGGCCGCCAUCUUGGCAAGAGGCAAAGCGGCGGCGGCUCCUGUCAGGGGGGCAGCAGGUCCGGAGCGGCGGGUGCUCCCCUUCCCGCACCCCACCCCUUGGCCCCGUGGAGCCGGAGCGCGGGUGCGCCCCACCACCGCCGUCGCCAUGGUGCUGCUGGCGGCCGCGGUGUGCACAAAAGCGGGAAAGGCUAUUGUCUCUCGGCAGUUUGUCGAGAUGACCCGGACUCGGAUAGAGGGCUUGCUGGCAGCGUUCCCAAAGCUCAUGAACACGGGCAAACAGCACACAUUUGUUGAAACCGAGAGCGUGAGAUACGUUUACCAGCCCAUGGAGAAACUCUACAUGGUUCUGAUCACAACCAAGAACAGCAAUAUCCUGGAGGACCUGGAGACCCUGCGGCUCUUCUCGAGAGUGAUUCCUGAAUACUGCCGAGCCUUAGAGGAAAAUGAAAUAUCCGAGCACUGUUUUGAUUUGAUUUUUGCUUUUGAUGAAAUCGUCGCCCUGGGGUACCGGGAGAAUGUUAACCUGGCACAGAUCAGAACCUUUACAGAAAUGGACUCUCAUGAGGAGAAGGUGUUCAGAGCAGUCAGAGAGACUCAAGAACGAGAAGCCAAGGCUGAGAUGCGGCGUAAAGCAAAGGAAUUGCAACAGGCCCGAAGAGAUGCAGAGAGACAGGGCAAAAAAGCACCAGGAUUCGGAGGAUUUGGAAGCUCCGCGGUGUCUGGAGGCAGCACGGCUGCCAUGAUCACAGAGACCAUCAUUGAAACUGAUAAACCCAAAGUGGCCCCUGCACCAGCCAGACCUUCCGGCCCGAGCAAGGCUUUGAAGCUUGGAGCCAAAGGAAAGGAAGUAGAUAACUUCGUGGACAAGUUGAAAUCUGAAGGUGAAACGGUCAUGUCCUCCAGCAUGGGCAAGCGCCCCUCGGAAGCAGCCCAAGUGCACGCCCCGCCCAUUAAUAUGGAGAGCGUACACAUGAAGAUAGAAGAGAAGAUCACAUUGACGUGUGGGCGAGACGGAGGGUUGCAGAACAUGGAGUUGCAUGGGAUGAUCAUGCUUCGGAUCUCUGAUGAUAAGUUUGGCCGGAUUCGCCUCCAUGUGGAAAAUGACGACAAGAAAGGGGUGCAGCUCCAGACCCAUCCAAAUGUGGACAAAAAACUUUUCACUGCAGAGUCUCUGAUUGGCUUGAAGAACCCAGAGAAAUCAUUUCCUGUCAACAGUGACGUGGGGGUGCUAAAGUGGAGACUACAAACAACAGAGGAGUCUUUUAUUCCACUGACAAUUAAUUGCUGGCCCUCAGAGAGCGGAAAUGGCUGUGAUGUCAACAUAGAGUAUGAGCUGCAAGAAGAGAAUUUAGAGCUGAAUGAUGUGGUCAUCACCAUACCGCUCCCAUCUGGUGUUGGUGCGCCUGUGAUUGGUGAGAUUGAUGGCGAGUAUCGACACGACAGUCGGCGAAACACCUUGGAGUGGUGCCUGCCAGUGAUUGAUGCCAAGAAUAAGAGCGGCAGCCUCGAGUUCAGCAUCGCUGGGCAGCCCAAUGACUUCUUCCCUGUCCAAGUCUCCUUCAUCUCCAAAAAGAAUUACUGCAACAUACAGGUUACCAAAGUGACCCAGGUAGAUGGCAGCAGCCCCGUCAGGUUUUCCACAGAGACCACCUUCCUAGUGGAUAAGUACGAAAUCCUGUAAUCCCAAGAAGAGGAAACGAAAAGGAAAAUUUUGAAAUUAAUAAAGAAGAAGCCAGCAGUGGCUGAAGAGUUUUUUUCCAAAUCUACAAGCCAUUGGAGACCCUUUUUUUCCCCGACACGAUGCACGAUUCUCUGCGCGCAAGGACCCUCAACCUCACCGUCAGUGUUCUGGUGUCACAGAGACAUUCAUUGGCAAAGAAAUGACCCAAGCAUGUGGGAAAGGCUGCUGAUUUCUUUGGCAGAUUUUCCUGGCUGGCAGGAAAGCGCGGCCUUUGGAGAGUGCCCCCACUUAAUCUACCUUCUCUGCCUUCGCCUAAGUUGCUCCUUUAUUUUAAUCCCUAAAUUGACAUUUCCUACUUCUUUCUUGUUUUAAGUUUUCUCCACAGAAACUUUUUUAAUCUUUCAUAUUCCUUUUCAUUUUUCUUCCUAAGCAUUGAAUCAAGCAUCGGGCCCCUCUGUCCGGAGGCUUCAUAUGUGUUUGGCACUCCUAGAGCCACUUCCCUUAGUCCAUUCGCAAUUUGGGAACAAGGCAGGUGUAAGGGCCACGGGACCUUCAAGUUCAGGGCUAAGGAUGUCUAUGGCCUUUCCUUCCAUUCAGUCACUCCUCCCACCAGCCCCCUGUGCCAAGUUGAUCUGCGUCCCGGCUCCCUCCAGUCUAGACCAGUACUGUGGACCUGCUGGUGUCACUUGAAGCGUCCAGGUGUCACAGGGUAGCCCCUAGGGCCUCCCCCUCCCCAAGACGGCUGAGAGGAGAGUGUUCUGUCCAGUCAGGACUUGUCUUUCAGCCACAGGUAAUCUUGUCCACUGCGGGUACUCCACGAGUGAGUACUUAAGCUAAAGCAAAGUCAUGGCUCGUCCGUUGUCCUUGUCCUUGUCGCCCACCCACGCCCCUCGAAUUCAGCGUGACUGUCCUCCAGGCUGGGGCUGUGGGCAGGCCUUUCCUUUCUAGCAGGGAGGUGAGGAACUCGGGGACAGUGCUCCGCGUGUCUGCCAGUCGUGGGCUCUCAGCUAUCGAGAAAACUCCCAUCUCCACCCUCAGGGUUUUGGCAUCUCAAGAGGCAGCUGAAUAUCGGUCUCCAGGGGUCACUGGUCAGUUCUUGGUUUCCUUCCAGCCUGUCUGCUCCUGUUGCCCAAGUCCUCCCUUUUCCUGCCCGAAGCCUUUCCCGAUGUAUGUUAUCUUGUGCUGACAGUUUCUCAGCCCUGUGUGUCCAGUGAAAAGGAGACCCUCACUGGCCAGCCCGAUGCUGUGGAGCCAGUGCUGCCAGGAAGGGCAGAUGAGUCCGUGCCCUCCACGUGCAGCUGUUUGAGGGUGCCCAAACAUCUGGCCCUGCUGCAGAGGGUGCCUUGUCCUAGAGUACAGCAGUCACACAUGGCCACGGGUGGGAUUGUUUGCCAAAGAAACUCUAGGCCUUUCCUUUCCCGUUACUGCAUCAGAAGAGUUCUCUCCAGCUUGGUGUCCACGUGAGGUUUCUGAGGAAGGGGAUGGGGACAAAAAAUCUGUCACGUAGUGAAGCAGGCAAGAAAUCUUAUUAAUCCAGUUUUGUUUGAGAGUUGCUUGUCCAUAUGAUUUUUUAAAAGUCAAGUUUAGUUUCACAAAAAAAUAAAACAAAAAAACUUUUUCUGAAAUUACUUUUGGGGUAAUAUUUAAAACGAGAGAGGUUUUGUAACCCUGUAAAAUACAUAGGGAAUAGAACAUUCCAGUGUACACAGAGAAGGCAAAUUCUUUAAUCAAAUAAAGAGUAUUAUAAAAUGAG